AUGCAGUUCACAGCAGCAGCUCUUGCCGUGAUGGCCGGCGUCGCUUCGGCGCAGAAAGUCCAGGUCGUCACCGUCUCCACCGCCAACAACUCCCUCGUGUACACACCAGACAACAUCAAGGCCAACCCGGGCGAGAUGGUGCAGUUCCAGUUCGUGGCAGGCAACCACACCGUGACGCAAUCGACGUUCGACCAGCCCUGCGCUCCCAUCAGCACCAUCCAGACAAACGUCACCGGCUUCCACUCCGGCUACCAGCCCGCCGCCGCGUCCAAGGAGACGGGCAUGAUCCCCACGUACACCGUCAUGAUCAACGACUCCAAGCCCAUUUGGCUGUACUGCGCCCAGGGCAAGCACUGCCAGAGCGGCAUGGUCAUGGUCAUCAACGAGAACACUUCUGCCAACGCUACUCGGUCUUUGACGGAGUUCAAGUCCCUGGCCGCGAAGGCGCAGUCCAACACUGCUCCCUCCGGAGGCUCCACCACUGGCGGUACAACCGGCACUGGCACCGGCACUGGCACCGAGUCCGGCUCCUCUGCCUCACCCUCGAGCCCCGGCCAGACGACUGCCGCAGGCUCCAUGGUCAAGGUCGGCGGCAGCCUCGGUCUUGCUGCUGUCGCUGCAGCAGUCCUGCUGCUGUAA